AUGACAGGAAGUGUUGUGCUGCUUACGGGAGACUUAAAUGACGAUGCGCCCAACGAGAUUCCCAAGUUCAUCGGUGGGCUGACAGAUGUAACACCAACUCUGAAUGUACAGCCACAGACGUCUGUGUUCAUUGGAGACACAAUUACUCUGAUCUGUGAGGUUCAUCAGUCCCAUGAAUAUGAGUUUAUCUUUACCACACCAUCAAACACUGAAUCCACUGAAACUACAGGAACUAAAACAAUCAGAUCUGUGCGAGUCUCUGAUGGAGGAGAGUACAAGUGCAGAGCCAGAAGAAGAGAAAACCCUCAGGUUUACACACAAGACAGUAAACCAAUAACAUUGACAGUAUAUGAUAUAACACCAACUCUGACUGUGCAGCCACAGACGUCUGUGUUCAUUGGAGACUCAGUUACUCUGACCUGUGAGGUUCAUCAGUCCACUGGAUGGGAGUUUUUCUUUACCAGACCUCCACACACUGAAGACCCCGAAUACUAUAAACCUACAGGAGCUAAAACUAAAACAAUCACAUCUGUCUCUGAUGCAGGAGAGUACAAGUGCAGAGCCAGAAGAAGAGAAAACCAUCAGGUUUACACACAAUACAGUCAACCAAUAACAGUGACAGUAAAUGAUAUUCCCCAACCAACUCUGACUGUGGAGCCAAAGACGUCUGUGUUUAUUGGAGACAAAUUUACUCUGACCUGUGAGGUUCAUCAGUCCACUGAAUGGGAGUUUAUCUUUACCAGACCUCCAUACACUGCAUACCCUAAAGACUAUAAACCUACAGGAACUCAAACAAUCACAGCUGUGCAAGUCUCUGAUGGAGGAGAGUACAAGUGCAGAGCCAGAAAAAGAGGAAACCCUCAAGUUUACACACAAGACAGUAAACCAAUAACAGUGACAGUAAAGGAUGUAAAACCAACUCUGACUGUGCAGCCACAGACGUCUGUGUUCAUUGGAGACAAAGUUACUCUGACCUGUGAGGUUCAUCAGUCCACCGGAUGGGAGUUUGUCUUUACCAGACCUCCAUACAAUCCAUACCCUGAAUACUAUGAACCUACAGGAGUUAAAACUAAAACAAUCACAGCUGUGCAAGUCUCUGAUGGAGGAGAGUACAAGUGCGGAGCCAGAAGAGGGGGAAACCCUCAUGUUUACACACAAUACAGUGAACCAAUAACAUUGACAGUAAAGGGCAAUUUAUACAAGAAUGAUUUUGAACAGGGCCUGAGGCAGACUUUGACAUUGGAGGCUUAG